GCUUGUUUGGAUGAUCGAGCGUCAUGUAGGAGAAGAGAAAUCAUUGAAAACCGUUCAGAGCUAAACUUUCUCUUCCUUCUCGGAGUCUUGAGUGUUUUUAAAAUGUCCGGGUUUCACGAUCUUUCAGCUUUUCCUGUGGAGGUCCAGCAGCUCUCAGCGUGUAAAGAAGAGGUUUCCCUUGAGCAGCAGGAGAUGGAAUCCAGUCUAGGUCCGGAAAUUAAUAAGGUUACCCAGAUUAAAGAGGAACCAGAGGACUUGUGGAGUAGUCAGGAGGGAGAGCAGCUUCAGGGUCCAGAGAAUGCUAAUAUCAUCAAGUUCACUUUUGUUCCCAUGAAGAUUGAAGAAGAUGACGAGAAACCUCAGUUGUCACAGCUUCAUCAAAGACAAAAUAGAGAGAUUGAAACAGGAGCUGAUGGAGAGGAUUGUGGAGGAGCAGGAGCAUCCAUGUACCAAGAUCCAGAGAAAGGUUUACAACCAGAGACUGAAGUCAAGGCUGAAGACUCUUCUGAUGCUGAGACUGAUGACAGUGCUGAUUGGAUGGAGACAACAGAAGAUCAGCCAGAUUUCAACUCAGUGGAAAAACUCAAAAACAAGAGUAGAAAAAAAAAUAAGAAGCCUUUCUGCUGCUCUGAGUGUGGACAAAGAUUUAACCGUACAAGUAAUCUUAGAGAUCAUAUGAGAAUUCACACUGAAGAGAAACCCUUCAGCUGUCCUGAGUGUGGUAAAAGAUUUAACCGCACAAGUAAUCUCAAAGAUCAUAUGAAAAUUCACACAGGAGAGAGACCCUUCAGCUGCUCUGAGUGUGGUAAAACGUUCAAACUCAGUGGCCAUCUCAAAGAUCAUAUGAGAACGCACAAAGAAGAGAAACCCUUCAGCUGCUCCGAGUGUGGUGAAAGAUUUAGCUUUGAAAGUACACUGGACAGGCACAUGAGAUCUCAUACAGCAGAGAAACCCUUUGACUGCCCUGAAUGUGGAAAACGAUUUAACCAAAAGCAUCAUGUUAGAUAUCAUAUGAGAAUUCACACAGGAGAGAAACCCUUUAACUGCUCUGAGUGUGGUAAAAGCUUUAAUCGCAAUGGAAAUCUGACCAGACACAUGUUUGUUCACACAAAGGAGAAACUCUGCAACUCUACUGAUUUUGGCAAAGGAGUAAGCCUUAAAGAUCAAGUGACGACACAUCAGGGAACUCACACUGCAGAGAAACCCUUUGGCUGCUCUGAGUGUGGUGAAAGAUUUAGCCUUCUUAUUGAUCUGACCAAACAUGUGAAAAUUCACACAACUUUCAGCUGCACUGAAUGUGCAAAAAGUUUUAACAAAGAAUACUUGCUGUCCAGACAUAUGUUAGUUCACAGACAGAAUCGGUUUACAUGCCUUGAGUGUGGUAAAAAAUUUAAAAUUAAAAGUGAAUUAACCAAACAUGGGAGAAGUCAUUCAGGAGAGAAACCCUUUGAAUGUUCAGAGUGCGGUAGAAGAUUUACUUAUAAGAAUUGUAUGAUAAGACAUAUGAGAACGCACACAGGAGACAAACCCUUUAGCUGUUUAGAGUGUGGUAAAAGAUUUGCUCAACAAAGUUGUCUGACCAGACAUAAGUUAGUUCACACUAGACUGAAACCCUUUAGGUGCCAUGAGUGUGGUCAAAGAUUUAGUCUUAAAACUUCUUUAACCAAACAUAGAGGAACUCACACAGGAGAGAAACCUUUCAACUGCUUACAGUGUGGUAAGAGAUUCCGCCUGAGAAAUUGUCUCUCCAGACAUAUGUUGGUUCACACUAGACAGAAACCCUUCAGAUGUUCUCAGUGUGGUCAGAGAUUUACCCAAAAAGGUUCUAUGUCCAGGCAUGUGCUAGCACAUGCUAAAGAGAAAUCCUUAAAACGCUAAGCGUGAGGUUAAAGUUUUAAACUUGAUUCUCUGAAAAGUCUUAUCAAGCACUUCAUGGGUCUUAGAAACUAUUGGGCUGCAGUAUUUCUGACCAAAGGUUUCCUUGGCUAUAUCAACUUACAACCAGAGACUGAGGUCAAGACAGAUGACUAUUAUGACCCUGAGCCUACAGACUGUGAUGAUGAUUGCAAGGAGACCAGCGAACACCAGUGUAUUUAAAGUCACCAUUUUGAAUGAGAUGUAACAUUGUUGAGACACCUAUCGAAGUCUAACAGAUAGAAACCAUAUCGAUGGUGAAAAACCUCAAUUUUAUAUCAGAACUGUAUGGAAUGGACAUCUUAAGCAUCAAUAUGUUGAUUCAUUGACGUGCAACUGUGAGCUGAAGAUAAAAAACAUGAAAAGAUGUUAAAAUCCCAUUCAAUUCAAAUGUCAUUGUUGCAGCUGCUAAUGUUAAAAUGUUUAUUUUCUACUCUUAAUUUCAUCAAUAGGUUUGAAGUAA